GUAGCAUCCGCAGGCGUCGCACGCGUCGCUCGACUCUAAAUCGCGACGCGAUUUUCUGCCGCGAUUAAACGGAUUCAGUGUAAACUCGAAACUCUUCCUCACCUUUUCCCCAGCGUUGUUCGAACCUGUCGCAACCGUUUAACAAUAUUCAGCUUCCUCGACCAGUUGGGAGAAUCUCGUUUGGGUUUCAACGUUCGAUUAGCGCGGCACCGUUCAAAAAGACGCUCGAUAAGUCCUAUCACAACCGGAUACGGUGCUCGGAUAGCAUCGGCGAAGCCUGCCGCUGAAGUGCAGAGGGAUCGUCGUCGUCCAUGGAAGGUGCGAGUCCCGAGCGACGUUGACGGAGACGGUGACGGAGCAGCCGCGUCGGAAGCUGAAACGAAACCAGAACGGAAAAUGAGUCGAGGUUCCUGCCGCUCGGACGUCGUCGGAAGAUCGGUGGUUUGAAAAUGAACUCGUCUUAUCUAUGGGGAGACGACGAGGAAUGGGGACCACGGUACUACUUCACUUACUACAGCCAAUUCGGGGACCGCGCCAGAGCUAGCACCGUUGAGGUGAUGAUCCUAGCCGUUAGCUUUGUCUUGGCGAUCGCCGGCAACUUGGGAAUAGCCGGUUGCAUACUCAGAUACAAAGAGAUGAGGACGCCCACGAACUUGUGUCUGGUGAACCUGGCCGCCGCCGAUCUAUUGUUCAGCGUCGGAGUGCCAGCGAUCGCCUACACCAGAUUGACUCAAGCCUGGCGUCUCGGGGAGACGAUCUGCAAAUUGUUACCCUACUCUCAGUUGGUCUGCGGCUUUGUACUUCUAUGGACGUUGACGUUCAUAUCGAUGGACAGGCAUCGGUGCUUAGCAGUAGCCCCUUACAGAAGUGCCUUAACGAGAUCCCGAGUUCUGGCGGCUAGUCUCCUCACUUGGGCCAUUGCGGCUUCCGUUUUUCUGCCGAUGAUAUUUUGGUUCAAGCUGAAGGACCUCGCGAACGAGCUAACGAUCUGUACUCUAGUCUUUCCACGGAGCGAAGUCGUAAACGUUUCAUUGUGCUUCACAGUACCGAUCGUCAUCCUGGCGUGUCUUCUGCCGAUGAUUCUUCUGGUUUACCAUUACCAGCGGAUCUUUAAAAAAAUUCUCGAUUCGCGAAACAGAUGGGCCGUCUCGUGCAUCGCGCAAGGACUGGAGAAUGGCGCAACAGGUAGAAGAGAUUCCGAGCUAUCGGUGGUGGGAACGUUAUUACCUUGGCCAGGAAGGAAACUAUCCAACGCGUCAAUCACAGCCAGACAAGGGCGAGCCGGUAGUCUUUCUCAACACGAAGAGAUACGACUGCAAAAGCAUCUGCGGGUGGUGCGAAUGUUAAUGCUAAACGUGCUGUGCGUUCUUAUAAUGUGGCUGCCCAUCACCACCGUUAUACUGUUGAUCUACGUGGACGGCAAGAGAUCCACCGAGAAUCCCGAUUUCUUCCUAAAAUCGCAUCAUUUCAUUUGGGCGUUGAUCGUGGCGCAGUUCAAUGCGAUAGUAAAUCCUGUGCUCUACGGUAUCUUCUCGGAGAACUUUCGAAUCUGCUUUGCGAAACUGUGGCGGCGCAGUCUCGACAGCAACACCAAUGCCACCGCGGAGCGCAGAGGGUCCAAGAAAAACUCGAAAACAUUGGUGGCGUUUCAGAGUCGCCUAGGAGGCGUCAGAACGCCCACCAGUUCGAGAAAUCUACAAAAACAAUCGAAGAAAAGUUCCAGUUGUAGUAUAGGUAGUAUCGUCGAAGUACCUGCCACGGAGAAAUUGUGAGACACGGAGCGACAGACGUGCGUCAAGACGCUUGGAAGAAAUGUACGACAGUCGAGACGGGUGCAUGCGAGAAAUAAUUACAAAGUGAUCGGUUUUAAUACUUACUUUAAUCAAGACUGUACACGUUCGGUUAAAGAGAACAAGAUAUAUUCUAAAAAGUAAUGGAGAGUUUUAUAAACAUUUUAAUCGCAGUAAGACUUUUUCUAAUAAAGUUCAAUGUACGUGUUGAAAAAAUGGAAUACCUCCCCGCUGCGACGCCAGAUGAUAACGUAACUGCACUCAGGAAAUCAGUGGGUCCAUUUAUGAAUGGUACUGUGCACAGUUGAAUCUUACAGUUCGCAGCAUUCUUUCCUCACUUUCCUUUUGAUUUCGGAUAAUGUUUUCAUGUCGAUGUUCCCUUCUUGUAUGAAGUUUUCGAGCAUAGCAAUUUUCGAAUUUAUCAAACUGGUCUUGUCUGACCUUGUUCUUUUUUUCUUAUUCUUCUCGUGGCGAGCAUACGUUACGUAGUCUCUUAUGAGACACCAAGAAUAUCCUUUGUCCUUUAAAGUAACUAAAUCUAUAGAUACUUGUGAAAAAUUAACUGCUUUACCUUCAGGUAUAUGAACGUCCACUAUGGUUUCUUGAUCCUCCACUUUUUUCAUACAAAAGAUAUUUUCAUUUUUACACUUUACAUUAAGUAUCACCCAACUGUUUUUCGGAAGAUUGGAAAAUGUUACAGACAAGAACAAUAGAUUGGCUAUCCUGUGUAGUAACAUUUUUGGACAUAAAUGUAUUUUACACUUGUGAGCAUACAAGUUUAUUCUUUUUAAUUUAUCUUCUUCGGCUUGUAAUGUUUUGUUUAAUGUAUGUAUUUCUUGUGUUCCUUUAUAAAUCUUAUCCAUGAUAAGAUUCGUGCCAUUCAACAUGUCUGGAUGAAGAUUAAUAAAAACAUCGUGCUCCAAUGAUAAUGUUUUUUCUAUUGUAUCUGUGGAAAACUCUGUCAAUUGUUUGUCCAUAGUUAAACCCAAAAUUACUUUUGAAUUGUAGUGUUGCAAACAACAAAAGCUAUUAUCCUGAACACUUAAUCGUUGAACAUUGUCUAUUGAUGAUAAUUGUUUUCUUCCAUAAAAUAAUUUAGACUCAUCUGAAUAUACAAACCAUAAUGCAUUCUCUGUUAAUCGACUGAAGCCUGCACAGAGACUAUGUAUAUUUCCACCAAUAAAAAUCUUCUCAAAGGCUAGUGUAUCGUUCUUCGAGUACAUUAUGAUGAUAUUGUCAUUGUUUGUAAGGAAUAGCAAAGCACCAACCUUGGAAUCUAUUUGUACAGGUAUUAUAUCUCUGAUGGAAUAAAUACUGUUGUAUAUUAUUUGAACAGUUUCACGCAUUAGUAUUAAAAUUCUUUUUCCCAUUGCCACUAUGCACAAAUGUUCUACAUUACAAUUAGGUUUUGCUAAGGUUCCAAUAAACUGUUCUGUUGCAUUUUCCACACUCAAUGCGUAAGUACAUAAUUUUCUCGAGUCAUUUUCCUCAGGAGGAAGUUGAAGCA